AUGGCGUCUCUUUUCUACAAAUCGAGCCCGUACGUGGUGCCUGGCGUCAUCGACCUGACGCAACCUUCGCUGUGGAUCGCCGUCGGUAGCAUCUGCUUUAACCCGCUCUACUGGAACAUCGUGGCGCAGAACGAGUAUCACAACAAGACCAUCACCAAGCUGCUCGGCGGGCGACGAUACCUCGGGUGCUACCUGCUCGCCGUGUCCAUCUUCUCGCUCGGCAUCGUGCGUGACCACCUGUACAACGUCGCGCUCAAGCACCAGCCGACACACCCGCUGCUGCAACAGGCCUGGGUCAAACCCGCAGCGGCCGUAUUGUUUGCGUCGGGCAACAUCUUUGUGCUCUCGUCCAUGUGGGCCUUGGGUGUCACUGGCACCUACCUAGGAGACUACUUUGGCAUCCUCAUGGAGAGCAUCGUCACCGGCUUUCCGUUCAACGUGAUGGCCAACCCCAUGUACUGGGGCAGCUCGAUGAGCUUCGUAGCCGUUGCUCUGUGGUUUGGCAAGCCUGCCGGGCUGCUGCUCAGCGUUCUUGUGGUGAUCGUUUACACGCUGGCCCUCCGCUUCGAGGAGCCCUUCACGGCCAACAUUUACAAGCAGGCGGACAAGAAGAAGAGGGCCGAAGCCGAAAAGCAGGCUCUUCUCGAAAGCGAGGGGCCCGCCUCUGGUACACGCAAUCGCGUUGCGUGGGUCAAGGCAAGUAUGCUCUUAUACCGAUGCUCUGUGACAUUCAAAGACGACGACAGACAUGUUGAAAGCAGAGUCAAUGCCGCUGAAUGGUGCAGCUGUCCGUGGCUGCUAGGGUGGUCCAAGGUCAUUUCUUCAAGACGCACGACAUCGGAACAGCCAGGCGAAUCAAUCGCAUCUACCACACCCCCGCAGCACUCGUUCGUCGCGUACCUUUCUGCGCUACGCUUCUCUUUACGACAAACCAGUCCGCAUCGAGCGCGUGCACCAUCUUGCCUACGAUCUCUUCAGCCGGCCUCUCGGAUUCUCCCCCGCAUCCGCGACCGUACAGCUUCAUCCAUCGGAUUCGAGGACCCAAGCGACUCCAAGGUCGCCGAGGUCUAUGCCCGCAUCCAGACCCAGCGCAGGAUCAUGGAAGGCAACCAAGCUUUGCGAGCAGCUACCAACAACCCCGACGUGAUUCGUCAGGCAGAAUCCCAGAUUCGAGAAGCGCAGCGAAACAUCUCCUAUCUCCAGGAGUCGCUCAACAGUCUCAAAUCGCGUCGUGCAAGCGGUGGCCCUGGCUUCCGCACCGGCAGUCCUACUGGCAGCACCACGCCUGCCGACUCUAGACAAAGCUUCGCCUCAUCCAAGACCAGCGGCGGCGCCAGUUCCAUCGGUCAAGCUCGCCCGUACCCAGGCGACAGCAGCUCCUCCUAUCUUGGCUCCGAUCCACCUUCGCCUGCCGUCAAUCCUCGUCGCUAUGAUGGUCGCCCUCCUCCUCCUCCAACACACGACAACGGUGCCUAUGCAGGUCCGGACGGAUCCUACUCGCAGUACGCCAACCAGGGCCCGUACGGCGCCGCAUACGCAGUCGGAAGUCCAGAGACAUGGCAACCCGCGAUGCAUCGCAUGGGCACCAGCGCGAGGCGAAACUUUACCAACCUCGAUCUCAUCAAGGACGAGACUCCUCACACCACCGCAAAGAUCUCACGCAUGCUCCACCAGCUCGAAUUCAAGCUGCAGAUCGAAAAGCAGUACAAGCAAGGCAUCGACAAGAUGGCGAAGCUCUACCAGGCCGAAGGUGAUCGCAAAAGCCGCAACGAUGCCGAGUCCAAGCGCAUCGAGAGUCAGAGCAAGAUCGUGCUGCUACAGCAGGCGCUCAAGCGGUACAAGCAGCUCCACGUCAUGGAAGAGGAGGAAGACAACGCCAGCCCCGAGUCGGUCGAGAACAGAAAGCAGAACCUUCGCAAGCCGCUCUCCGGUACGCUCCAGAUCUCGAUCCGCAGCGCUCGCGAUAUCGACCACGCUCCUGUUCCACGAGGCUCUCGAUCCGUCCGCGAGUCCACCGUCGUCAUCAAGGUCGAAGAUACGCCUCGCGCCCGCACCCACCCGAGCCGCAACGAGCGUUGGCAGGAAGACUUUGAAAUUCCCGUCGACAACGCCAACGAACUCGAAGUCACGGUCUACGACAAGGUCGGCAACGCGCAUCCCGUCCCCGUCGGCAUGCUCUGGAUUCGCAUCAGCGACAUUGUCGAGGAGCAGCGAAAGAAGAAAUUCGGGCAGGUCCCCGAUGCUUCCCAACACGGUCACGGCGCCAGCGAAGGCUGGGUCACUGCCGACAGCGUACAGCCGCGCGGCGGUCCCGGCGGCUUCGGUCCAGGCUCGGGUCUCAACGCGGAUGGUGCCUACAACACACCCGCUGGCGUACCGGUGCAAAACGGCCCCACCGAUGGUGUCGAGGCCUGGUUCGCCGUCGAGCCUGCGGGCGCUAUCUACCUUCGCCUCAAUUUCAUCAAGCAAAACGUUCGCAAACGCCCCUACGACGCUCGCCUCGGUCGACAGGGCGCUUUCCGUAAGCGCAAGGAGGAUGUCGCCGAGAUCAACGGCCACAAGUUUGUGUCGCGGCAAUUCUAUCAGGUGCUCCGUUGCGCGCUAUGCGGCGAGUUCCUGCUCAACGCUGCCGGCAGUCAGUGCGAGGACUGCCGCUACGCUUGCCACAAGAAGUGCGCGCAGAAAGUCGUCACAAAGUGUAUCUCGAAGAGCAACGCCGAAGCCGAUCGAGACGAGGUCAAGAUCAACCACCGCAUCCCGCAUCGCUUCGAGCCCAUCACCAACCUCAGCGCCAACUGGUGCUGCCACUGCGGCUAUAUUCUACCGCUUGGACGCAAGAACGCCCGCAAAUGCUCCGAGUGCGACAUUACCUGCCACACGGACUGUGCGCAUCUGGUUCCAGACUUUUGCGGUAUGUCGAUGGAGAUGGCCAAUCAGCUGCUCAGCGAUAUCGAGACCAUCAACCGCGUCAAGUCGUCGGCCAAGACGCAACAGCAGUACCAGCAGCCUCCCCAACAGCAGCAGCAGCUACCUCCGCCGUCAUCGGCAUCAUCGCAAAACCUUUAUGGAAAUGGUGGCAACGCCAUGGGCGCCGCCCCGCCCGGACGCGUCCCUGCUCCGCAAUUGCCGCCUUUUGCCACCGCAGGUCCCGACGGCCGCAUCUCUGGUCUCGAAAAGCAGACGCAACAGAUGUCGCUCAAACCCGGCGCAGGCGAGCCUCCGUAUGGCUCUGCCCCAUCCCAGAGGAUGCAGGCUGUUGAACAGCAGCAGCAGCAACGACCUGGUGCAGGCCCCAACUUUGGCGGUCGACCCCAACCGCCUCGGGUUGGCGAGGUGAUGCCGCCUUCGUCUGCCGAUGGACGCAUGUCGGACAUGUCACGCCCUCCUCGGCCUUUGCCGCAGCCGUCGAAUGCUGGCUCGCCGAUGCAGCAGCCACCGUCGCAGCAGCAGCAGCAGACUGGAAUGUACGGCGCACGUCCUCAACCGCCUUCCGGAUACGCACAGCAACCUGUCCCGUCCCAGCAGCAACCGCCGCAGAUGCAUCAGAUGCCUCCAUCGCAGUCUACGCUCAAUGUCGUGCCGAGACCGCAGCAGCAGCAGCCUCAGCAGCCGCAAUCGCAGGGACCGCCUUCUUCCGCCAUCAAUCAGCAGCAGCAACAGCACAUGGGCGUUGGUGGCGGUGGCGCCAUGGUGCCAGCUGGCGCUCCACAGCAGCAGCCUCCGCGAAUGCUCCCCUCCUCACGACGCAAGAUCGGUCUGGACGAUUUCAACUUCCUCGCCGUGCUCGGCAAGGGUAACUUCGGAAAAGUCAUGCUGGCCGAGGAAAAGCGUUCGGGCCACCUGUACGCCAUCAAGGUUCUCAAGAAGGAGUUCAUCAUCGAGAACGACGAGGUCGAGUCGACCAAAUCCGAGAAGCGGGUCUUCCUCGCCGCUGCACGGGAGCGACAUCCGUUCCUGCUCGGUUUGCACUCGUGCUUCCAGACCACGACGCGCGUGUACUUUGUGAUGGAGUACAUCUCUGGAGGAGAUCUCAUGCUGCACAUUCAACGAGAGCCUUUCACGCCGCGAAGAGCCAAGUUCUACGCUGCUGAAGUGCUGCUCGCGUUGGAGUACUUCCACAAGCAGGGGAUCAUCUAUCGUGAUCUGAAGCUGGACAACAUCAUGCUGACGCUGGACGGACAUAUCAAGGUGGCGGAUUACGGGUUGUGCAAGGAGGAGAUGUGGUAUGGGAACACGACGAGCACUUUCUGUGGUACGCCCGAGUUUAUGGCACCGGAGAUCUUGCUCGAACAGCGGUACGGACGGGCUGUGGAUUGGUGGGCGUUUGGUAUUCUCAUCUACGAGAUGCUUUUGGGACAAGCGCCGUUCCGCGGUGACGACGAGGAUGAGAUCUUCGACGCUAUCUUGGAAGACGAACCUCUGUAUCCUCUUCACAUGCCAGCCGAUUCCGUCUCGAUUCUGGAGAAGCUCUUGACGCGCGAUCCUGCUCGACGUCUCGGUUCAGGUCCCACCGACGCCGCCGAGAUCAAGGCUCACCCCUUCUUUAGGGAUAUCAACUGGGACGACAUGUUCAACAAACGUGUACCCCCACCCUUCUGCCCCACUCUCAAGAACCCCAGCGACACCAGUUGGUUCGAUACAGAGUUUACCUCGGAAAAACCUACGCUGACUCCGGUGCAUUCCGUGCUCAGUGCUCAGGACCAAGCGGAGUUCCAGAGCUUCAGCUGGACGGCGCCUCAUGUGCUUUAG